UGGAAGAGAAAGUGGCAGAAGUGGGCCAGUAAGAGUUGUUACCAAAGUAACUGAAAUUUUGAGUCCGGGGCAGUUAUUUGUAGGUAACUAAACGUUUGCUGACCUGAAACUCAUACUUGACUCAAGUUAAAACAGGAAAACUAGAGCUCUGAGGCCCCACAGGAAGUGUAGAAGUUAGUUUCUUCAUUUCACAACUGAGGAGUGGCAGUCUAGAGUAUUGUGAAGAUUCGUAUAGCAAAAUUACCUGUGGAACUAAGGUUUAAUUUAUUUUUGGAAUCAAGUGCAAUAUUAAAAGGAAAAUAAACCACACUACAUUAUUGGAAGCCAUUUCUACUUGUUACAUUUAAAAUUUAUGUUUUGAUUUGAAUACUAUCAUGGGAGGAGCUGUGAGUGCUGGGGAAGAUAAUGAUGACUUAAUUGAUAACCUUAAAGAAGCCCAGUAUAUCCGAACUGAGAGAGUAGAGCAAGCCUUCAGAGCGAUUGAUCGUGGCGAUUAUUAUUUGGAAGGCUACAGAGACAAUGCUUACAAAGACUUAGCGUGGAAGCAUGGAAACAUACACUUGUCAGCACCUUGCAUUUAUUCUGAAGUUAUGGAAGCACUGAAACUUCAGCCGGGAUUAUCUUUUCUUAACCUGGGAAGUGGAACCGGAUAUUUAAGUACAAUGGUGGGAUUAAUUUUAGGUCCUUUUGGAAUAAAUCAUGGGAUUGAGCUUCAUUCAGAUGUGGUGGAAUAUGCUAAGGAAAAGCUGGAGAGCUUCAUCAAAAAUAGUGAUAGCUUUGAUAAAUUUGAGUUCUGUGAACCUGCAUUUGUGGUUGGUAAUUGCCUCCAGAUAGCAUCUGAUAGUCAUCAGUAUGACCGAAUUUAUUGUGGAGCUGGAGUCCAGAAAGACCAUGAAAACUACAUGAAAAUCUUACUAAAAGUUGGAGGCAUACUGGUUAUGCCUAUAGAGGAUCAGUUGACACAGAUUAUGAGAACUGGACAAAACACUUGGGAAAGUAAAAAUAUCCUUGCUGUUUCAUUUGCUCCACUUGUUCAACCAAGUAAGAAUGAUAAUGGCAAACCAGAUUCUGUGGGACUCCCCCCUUGUGCUGUCAGGAAUCUUCAGGACUUGGCCCGCAUUUAUAUUCGACGCACACUUAGAAAUUUCAUAAAUGAUGAGAUGCAGGCCAAGGGGAUUCCUCAGAGGGCUCCUCCCAAGAGGAAAAGAAGGAAAGUAAAACAGAGAAUCAACACUUACGUGUUUGUGGGCAAUCAGCUUAUUCCUCAGCCUCUAGACAGUGAGGAGGAUGAAAAAAUGGAAGAGGAUAGCAAAGAAGAGGAAGAGAAAGAGCACAGCGAAGCCUUGAAGCCAGAGGAGCCUCCUCAAAACUUACUGAGAGAAAAAAUCAUGAAGCUCCCCCUCCCUGAAUCUUUGAAAGCUUACUUGACAUAUUUUAGAGACAAAUAACUUAAAUCAAGAGAAAAGAAUGCCUACUUGAUAAUUCCUCUAGUCUUAAAAAUGUAGCAAUUAGUAGGAGUUCGAAGAGAGAAUUACUUCUUUCAUCAGAGUGAAUUGUAGUAGAAAAAAGUAUAACUUGAUUCUGUCAAUAACACAAAUGAUGUAUUCAGUGAUUUGAAAGAGUCUUUUUUCUAAAAUCUAUUUUUUCUUUAAACCUUGGGGAAAAUGUUGUUGUAACUUGGAGUGAUUUCACAGUGGAAUGCAACAACACUUGCGACUUUGUGUACCAUAAACCCCUUUCUGAUUCUUUACAGAUUUUAGUGGUGAGAGUUAGAUUUAAUUUUAUAUAAGGUUUAAAUAAUUGUAUAAUAAGUAUAGUUUAACUUAAUAUUAUGAUUUGAAUUGCAGUUGUUUGCAUUUCCUUUAGAAGAACUUUCUGAUAGACCUAUUUUCCUUACCUGUUGCAAUCACUCUUGCUGAGUUGCUGUAGAUAUAUUCCGGGCAAUGUAUGAGUGCAAUAAUAAUGCAAGAUAUUGAAUUAUUUAGCUUUAAA